GUAUUGGAUUGAAGAAUUUCGCGGUAGCAAUCUCAUAUAAUAUAUAUGUCAGACUUAGAGGAAAGCGUUCCCUUAAGGGAUAAACCAAGUUAUGAUUUUGAUAUCGAGAGGCAAGGCCGUCCAACAAAAUGGUCCACAGCAGCAGUCAACGUGAUUCUUGCCCCAGAGGGACGUACCCUUGAGUUGUGGAACAAUGUAUUCGUAAUUUCAUGUGUGGUCGCGGUCUCCUUGGAUCCUCUCUUCCUUUAUAUUCCAAUUAUCAAUGAGAAAAACAAGUGCGUUGGAAUGGACAGAAAGUUAAGGACUGCAGCUCUUGUUUUACGGUCACUUACAGACAUCAUUUUCGUUGUGCGUAUUAUACAUCAAAUUCGAACCAAACUUGCUGACUCCGACGCACCAGCCGAAGGAAGCGAUGAGUCAUCUAGAGGAUGGAAAUGGAGGUCGUUCUUAUGUGUCCCUAUCAUGGUUGACUUUCUUGCCAUUCUUCCCAUCCCACAGUUGGCAAUAGUAGUUGCGUUUUUCAGAAUGAAGAACUCUGGGUAUUUACACGAAAGAAAUAUUUUGAACGCCCUUCUUCUCUUUCAAUAUGUGCCAAACGUUUACCGACUUCACCUAUCGAGUGAAAAACUUCAAAAGAACGAAAGAUGGAUUAAAGGUGCAUUCAAUUUUUUCCUAUACAUCCUUGCGAGUCAUGUGAUUGGAGCUUUUUGGUACUUUUUUUCUAUUCAGCGAGAGACAACAUGUUGGUACCAAGCAUGUAGAAAUACGGAAGAAUGCGUAGCUUCCCAUUAUUAUUGCAAUGAUAGUACUUCAAGAAAUAUCACAUUCCUAAAUGAAUUUUGCCCUAUAAAUCCAUCAGAUCCUACGCUAUUUGAUUUUGGAAUUUUCCUUGAUGCCCUUCAAUCUGGUAACACAGAAUCAGUAAAUUUUCCAAGAAAAUUCUUUUAUUCUUUCUGGUGGGGAAUCAGAAAUCUAAGUAAUUUUGGGACGAGUCUCGAAACGAGUAGCUACGUGUGGGAAAACUGCUUUGCAAUUCUUAUUGCUGUUACUGGCUUGCUACUCUUUUUAUAUCUCAUAGGAAACUUGCAGACAUAUAUGCAGUGGGCAGCCUCAAAAGCGGAGGAACUACAGAACUUGAAGGUCUUGAAAGACAAAGAAAUACUUAAGUGGGUGGCAAGAAAUGGUCUCCCCGAGAAUAUCAAGACUAAAAUAAUGAAAAAUAUAACAAAAAUUAGCGCGGUAGAGAAAAAUAUAGAUGUUGAUGUGGAUGUGGGUUUUGUAUUCUCUAUUCUUCCUCGAGAUGUAAAAGAAGCAAUAAAGGUCUAUGUCGGCAUGGAUGUACUUAAGAAAGUACCCAUGCUUAAAAAUAUGCCAGAAUCCUCGUUGAAAGUUAUCUGCAAAUAUCUGGAGCCAGUGAUCUACAGCAAGAAUGAUUACGUUAUUCGAGCAAGAGAACCCCUUAACUCGAUGCUUUUCAUUAUAGAAGGGGUAAUUAUAUGGCCCAAUACGACUAGCAAGGCCGUAACAGCGGGUUCGUAUAUGAUCAACCAGUUAUGUCUUGUGAAAGGUGAUCUUUAUGGAGAAGAACUUCUGAGCUGGGCAUCACCUAGCAGCCAUCUUUCCGACCUUCCAAUCUCGACCCAAGAUGUCAUAUGUCAGGAAAAAGUAGAAGCUCUUGCUCUCAAGGCUGAGAAAAUGCAAAAUAUGCUCUCUGAACUACGAGACCGGUGGACUAAGUACUACAUUGCACCUCCUCAGGAGAAGACUUAUCUGCAGAAACUAAACGAGGUUUAA